AUCGAGCGGAUCACCGACGACGAUGACGAAGUUGCAGGUCGCGUAGCAUCGAGGAGCGUGCCUGUUAUCAGUAAUGAGGCCGUGAAAUCGAAAGUAACAUCGUCGAUAACGCGCGCGCGCGUGUGUCUGUGGGUGUGCAAUUUGUUUGUUUAUCUUUUCGCCUAAUUAUCGUUACCGUGUGUUUGUUUUAUUCUUUGUUCGUUGCCCCCGCUGUAUAGGAACAGUGACUAUCGAGUGACAAAAACACAAACUGCUGCUACAAGCUGCUACCGCCGAGUGCUGGUUGUGUGGUGGUGGUAGAACCGAACCGAGAAGCUCAUAUAACCUGCGUGCUCGGAAGUGGACGCGUACAGUCACCGUACGGGAACCGACACGGAACUUACUGGCUGCUAGUGGUUGGUGUCCUCACGACGUGAAACGACGUUGCUAAAAAUGUCCCACCUCAUAAUGAUUUGGUGUUUGGUGGUGCUGUUUGCGGUCACACUACGUGCCGUCAACGGACACCAGAGUUUACUGCUGAGGGCGACCACACCGUCGCAACCCAACACCUCCUGCAACGCCAAGGAACAGUGGUCGAGCCAACAACCGCCCAGGGUGUGCAUACAGGACGGGUGUAUCCUGGGCACGUUCAUGAGUGGCAUGAAACCGGUGGAAUCGUUCGAAGCCUUCCUCGGCAUACCGUUUGCGGCGCCACCGAUCGGUGAACUCCGGUUUGCGAACCCCAUGGUGAACCGGCCGUGGAAGGACGUGAUGGACUACAAUGCCUCGCACGAGAAGCCAAUGUGUCUCCAGCGGAAUGAUCUGCUCCCGGGCUCACCGGUCUCGGGGAGCGAAGAUUGUUUGUACCUCAACGUGUACCGGCCGAAGGUAUGCAAUGACUCGCAGCAGAUCACGUCAUUGCCCGUCAUGGUAUACAUCCAUGGCGGAGGUUUCUUCUCCGGCACGGCCAGCCCUUUGGUGGUGGGCCCCGAGUAUCUGAUGGACACGAAGCGCAUCAUUCUCGUCACGAUCCAGUAUCGGCUCGGUGUGCUCGGUUUUCUGUCCACCGGUGAUUCGGCCGCACCGGGUAACGUCGGUCUGAAAGAUCAAACACUAGCGCUUCGAUGGGUCCGGCAGAACAUUCGCCGUUUCGGGGGCGAUCCCAACUUAGUGACGAUCUUUGGUCAGAGCGCUGGCGCUACCUCCGUGCACAUGCACAUGAUCAGUCCGCUAAGUCGCAAUCUGUUCCAGCGGGCCAUCACCAUGAGCGGUAACUCGCUGGUACCGUGGAACAUUCCUACCAAAGAUCCUCUGGCGUUGGCCCGGGCGACUGCCGCCGUAGUGAACAUCGAAAAGCCCGAUCAACUGUCCAGCAAAGCGUUGGUAGCGAAGCUUCGCAAGGUUCCCGGUGAGCAGCUGGUCGAAAACAACAAACUACUUAAGAGCUGGUCCAUUGAUCCAUUGACGCUCUACCGGCCAGUGGUUGAACCGAAGGAUGCUCCAGGGGCCUUCCUGGUGGAGGACCCGAAGGUCAGCUGGCAGAAUGGUAACUACCAGCAGGUGCCCUGGCUGGUAGGCUACGUACCGAACGAGGGAGCCGUACGGGCAUUGGCGAUCUUCAAGAACGAACAGCUGUUCCGUGAGCUGCAGAGCAACUUUAGUACCAUCUUGCCGAUUCUGCUCGAGCGUCCUCCAUCCAAGUUGCUGCUUGAGAAGGUUCGAGCACGCUUCUUCAAUGACUCGAACGAUUCCGUACCUAUCCGUAGCGAUCACCUGCAGGCAUUCACAGAUCUCUACACUGAGGCAGCCUUCCUGUACCCGACCCAGCUGGGUGUGAAGCAGUUCACCACGCAGACCAAUACGAACGUCACACCGGUCAGUGUGUAUCGCUUCGCAUACAAGGGUCGUUAUUCGUACUCGAGUCUCUUCUCUGGGGGUGAUACCGGGGAUUACGGUGUAGUUCAUUGUGACGAUCUGAACUAUCUCUUCCGAUCGCCCGCCAUCUUUCCUGAUUUCCCACCCGAUGCGCCGGAACUCAAGAUGGUUGAUCUUUUCGUUAACUUCUUCAUCGAUUUCGCCGUCAAUGGAAAAGCGAAAGCCCUCACGCCACAUCGGGAGUGUAAAACGGGCAACCAGGUGUACCAAUCGAUGGACUGUGAUGUGCAAGAGUUUCGCCGUGACGGUGAUGAGGUGCUGGUGAGGGCGAAAAAUGAACGCGACGAGGAUAUGUUUGCGUUCUGGAAGGACGUCUACUGAGAAGACAUUAAAAGGCAUUUUCAAUGUGGCUGCGGUGCGGCCAUCUAAACACCAAAGUGAGAUACUUAACAGACGAGUGACACAAAGGAGGCAGGGCAAAUUGUAAAAUACACUCCAGCGUAAUAGUAGGCACUUCGUUCUUGUUCGUACAAAUCAAAUCAGUCGAAAACAAAGUAGGUUAGGUUAGCUUGUUUCCGGGCAUCAAAUGGAUAGAAUGAAUGUAAUAAAAAAGGGU